CAGUGUCGUAACUUUACACUGCUGCGUGGCACAUACAGGCAGAGUUGGGAAUAUUGCAUCCAUUUUCUUCCUACAAAAUGUGAGAUCCUGUGAGGACGCGUGGUGGCGCUGCAGGAUAAGAAGGUAAAACCGGAACAGCAACUGCAGCUCCGUUAAACCCGCAAGUUUUACCAUCACAGACUGCAAGCCCGCCGGAAGUUUGGAUGCCAAAGGCAAACCGACUGGGUCCUCCGAAAAGGACUACUGGCUGGAAUAUUUCUGAGGUACUGACGGAAUAACCACGGUGUCAGGCACUAAGAACUUUAGAGUUCUGCAGAACCACCUUUCUAGAGGAGGCUGUACCAGACGAUGGAGGCCAGCGGGAAGUUCAUUUGCAGACAAAGGCAAGUGGUUUUUUCCUUUCUCCUUUUGGUCUUUUCUCUGGCGGGCGCGGCAGAACCGAAACGCUAUUCUGUAUUGGAGGAAACUGAAGGCAGUUCCUUUGUAACCAAUUUAGCAAAGGACCUAGGUCUGGGGCAGAGGGAACUUUCUAGGCGAGGGAUUAGAGUUGUUUCCAAAGGCAACAAAUUACACUUGCAGCUUGAUCAGGAGACAGGAGAUUUGUUGCUAAAUGAGAAACUGGACCGAGAGGAACUGUGCCGUCACACAGAGCCCUGUGUGCUACGUUUCCAGGUGUUGCUAGAGAGUCCCUUAGAAUUUUUUCAAGCUGAGCUACAAGUAAUAGACAUAAAUGACCACUUCCCAGUAUUCCUGGACAAAGAAAUGUUGCUACAAGUGUCAGAGAGCAGUUCUCCUGGGACUACAUUUCCUCUGAAGAAUGCUCAGGACAUGGAUGUAGGCCAAAAUAAUAUUGAGAACUAUAUAAUCAGUCCUAAUUCCUAUUUUCGGGUCCUUACCCAGAAACGCAGCGAUGGCAGGAAAUAUCCUGAGCUGGUGCUGGACAAAGCUCUGGAUCGGGAGGAGGAACCUGAGCUCAGGUUAACCCUCACAGCGCUGGAUGGUGGCUCUCCACCACGGUCUGGCACUGCUCAGGUCUACAUCGAAGUAGUAGAUAUUAACGAUAAUGCCCCUGAAUUUGAGCAGCCUUUCUAUAGGGUGCAGAUUGCUGAAGACAGUCCAGUAGGAUUCCCCGUCGUCACUGUCUCUGCUACCGAUGUAGACAUGGGAAUCAAUGGAGAAAUUUCCUAUUUGCUUUUCCAAGCUUCAGAGGAGAUUAACAAAACCUUUAGGAUCAAUCCCUUGACUGGAGAAAUUCAGCUUAAAAAAAAACUUGACUUUGAAACAAUUCAAUCCUAUGAAAUCAACGUCGAGGCAAGAGAUGCUGGAAGCUUUUCAGGAAAAUGCACUGUUCUAGUUCAAGUCACCGAUGUGAACGACCAUGCCCCAGAAGUUACCAUGUCUGCAUUUACCAGUUUGAUAUCUGAGAAUUUGCCUGAAAGUGUGGUUGCAAUUUUCAGUGUUUCAGAUCUUGAUUCCGAAGAAAAUGGCAAAAUAAGUUGUUCUAUUCAGGAGAAUUUACCUUUCUUCCUGAAAUCUUCUGUGGAAAACUUUUACACUCUACUGACAGAGAGGCCACUGGACAGAGAGACCAAAGAUGAAUAUAAUAUCACCAUCACCAUCACUGACUUGGGGACACCCAGGCUGAAAACACAGGUCAACAUAACAGUGUUGGUCUCUGACAUCAAUGACAACGCCCCCACUUUCACCCAAACUUCCUAUAACUUGUUUGUCCGCGAAAACAACAGCCCCGCCCUGCACAUAGGCACCAUCAGCGCCACAGACAGAGACUCAGGCACCAACGCCCAGGUCACCUACUCCCUGCUGCCACCUCAGGACCAGCACCUGCCCCUCGCCUCCCUGGUCUCCAUCAACGCCGACAACGGACAUCUGUUCGCCCUGAGGGCGCUGGACUUCGAGGCCCUGCAGGCGUUCGAGUUCCGCGUGGGCGCCACAGACCGAGGCUCCCCCGCGCUGAGCAGCGAGGCGCUGGUGCGCGUGGUGGUGGUGGACGCCAACGACAACUCGCCCUUCGUGCUGUACCCGCUGCAGAACGGCUCUGCGCCCUGCACCGAGCUGGUGCCCAGGGCGGCCGAGGCGGGCUACCUGGUGACCAAGGUGGUGGCGGUGGACGGCGACUCUGGCCAGAACGCCUGGCUGUCGUACCAGCUGCUCAAGGCCACGGAGCCCGGGCUGUUCAGCGUGUGGGCGCACAAUGGCGAGGUGCGCACCGCCAGGCUGCUGAGCGAGCGCAACGCGGCCAAGCACAGGCUGUUGGUACUGGUGAAGGACAAUGGCGAGCCUCCGCUGUCUGCCAGCGUCACGCUGCACGUGCUGCUGGUGGACGGCUUCUCCCAGCCCUACCUGCCGCUCCCAGAGGCGGCGGCGGAGCAGGCCCAGGCCGACUCGCUCACCGUCUACCUGGUCAUCGCCUUGGCCUCGGUGUCCUCGCUCUUCCUGUUCUCGGUGCUGCUGUUCGUGGCGGUGAGGCUGUGCAGGAGGGACAGGGCGGCGUCUGCGGGUCGCCGCUCGGUGCCUGAGGGCCACUUUCCGGGCCAUCUAGUGGAUGUCAGCGGUACUGGGACCCUGUCCCAGAGCUACCAGUAUGAGGUGUGUCUGACAGGAGGCUCCGGGACAAAUGAGUUCAAGUUUCUGAAGCCUAUUUUACCCAAUUUCCAGGGUCAUUCCCCUGGCCAAGAAAUGCAAGAAAAUUCCAACUUUAGGAAUGACUUUGGUUUAGGUAUUCAGUUAAAAUAAUCGUUUUUCAUAUUCCACAUUUUAAUUUUUAUGAUAUAAAUUCAAUGCAUUGAUUUUUCUGUUAACCUACUAUGAACUUUAAAUUACAUUAAACUUGCCUGUAGGAUUUUUCAUGUUGUCACUAUGUUUCUACACAAUGGUACCUUAUCUUUUCUUCAUUACUAUUCCAAGAUGCAUGGUCUUCAAUGUUGCUAAUCAAAACACAGAUGAGGUCAAUAGUUGUACAAAUCCUUGUGCUGGCAUAGCUUAGAAAUAUAUAAGAGGGAAAACAGUAGAAAAUUAAUUCUACGUAAUCAACUUUAUUUCAUUGUCGACUUUCUUAUUAGUUCUUAAAUCAUUAGACGUAUUCAGAGCAGUAAUACACUAACACAGUGAAGUGUAAUCUGGCAGAAAGAGAACUGGUACAAUGAGAAUGGCUCUUACAGCAUUAAGCUUCUUUGAUUGUUUUCUGUUGAAAUUUUAUAUAAUUGUGCUUCCUUUCAUUAAUAUUUGAGUAUUAGUCUUAAUAAAAUUAUAGUUAUUCCCACUUCGUUUCAUUGGUGGUAAAAGAGGAGGAAAAGGCACCAUAUGUAUCUAGUGAG